UCACCGCUGGGCUGGGUGUGCCUUAGAGGCGACCCGCCCUCUGCCCCACCUCCACGCAGGUGUUAGUCCAGGAGCCAUUAGAAAGCGCGCGCCCGUCACGCGUCCGCUGGCGCGCGCGGCGGUAGCCCUGGUUGUAGCUGCCCGUCUCGAGGGGGGCGGGGCGAUCCCGUCCGGCGGGUUCUCGGCGCCGCCCCUUCGCUCCCAUUCGCUCCCUCCCUCCCCCAGUAACUUGGCUGCCUUUUUAUCGGGCGAGCGCCGCGGCGGAGAGUUUGGUCGGCGGGGAGCUGCGGCGCGGGGCGAGCGGAACGCGCGGGGGGUGGGAGAGCGGCCGCGAGGGGGUCCCCCGCCGGCUGGCCCGGCCGGCGGCGGCGGCAGCGACGGGCCGACGGACGGACGGACGGACGAUGCUGCGGCUGGUGUCGCUGAAGUUGGGGCGGCUGUACCGCUACGUGAAGCUAGCGGCGCUGGGCAUCCUGGCGGCGGCGCUGGCCCUGAACUCGCCGUCGCUGCUGGCCUCGCUGCAGCGUAACGAGCUGGCCGAGCGGCGCUUCCUGCAACUGAACAAGUGCCCGGCCUGCUGGGGCACCAGCUGGUGCCGCAAGUUCCUCAACGGGCAGCUGCGGCUGGAGAGCUGGGGCCGCCUGCGCCUCCUCGACUUCCUCAACGUCAAGAACGUCUACUUCGCCCGCUACGGCGAGCCCCGCGAGGGGAGCCGCCGCGUCGUCCUCAAGCGCCUUGGCUCCGCGCGGGAGCUGGCCGACAUCGACGCCAAGAUCUGCCGGCGAGCCACCGGCAGGGGCCGCUGCGACCUCCUCCAGGCCCUGCCCGCCACCGAGUUCGCCCGCGUCAACGGCGACGUCCGGCUCCUCACCCCCGACGUCGUCGAGGGCUGGUCGGACCUGGUGCACUGCCCCUCGCAGCGGCUCCUCGACCGCCUCGUCCGGCGCUACGCCGAGACCAAGGACUCGGGCAGCUUCCUGCUCCGCAACCUCAAGGACGCCGAGCGCAUGCAGCUCCUCAUCACGCUGGCCUUCAACCCGGAGCCCCUCGUGCUGCAGAGUUUUCCCUCUGAUGAGGGCUGGCCAUUUGCAAAGUAUCUGGGUGCGUGUGGAAGAAUGGUGGCUGUCAACUAUGUGGGAGAAGAACUAUGGAGUUACUUCAGUGCCCCAUGGGAAAAACGAGUGGACCUGGCAUGGCAGUUAAUGGAAAUAGCAGAGCAGCUGACAAACAAUGACUUUGAAUUUGCACUCUACCUCCUCGAUGUCAGCUUUGACAACUUUGCAGUAGGCCCUAGAGAUGGGAAGGUUAUUAUUGUGGACGCUGAAAAUGUUUUGGUGGCCGACAAAAGGUUAAUCAAACAGAAUAAACCUGAAAACUGGGAUGUAUGGUACGAAAGCAGGUUUGAUGACUGUGAUAAGGAAGCUUGUCUCUCUUUCUCAAAGGAGAUUUUGUGCACUCGUGUCACUGUGGACCAUAAUUACUAUGCUAUUUGCCAGAACCUUUUAUCGAGACACGCCACCUGGCGUGGCACUUCUGGAGGACUUCUUCAUGAUACUCCAGCUGAAAUUGCCAAAGAUGGUCGACUUGAGGCCUUGCUGGAUGAGUGUGCCAAUCCAAAGAAGAGAUACGGUAGAUUUCAAGCUGCAAAAGAACUGCGUGAAUAUCUUGGACGACUGAGUAAUAAUGUUAGGUAGUUGAUGGUGGGUGGAUGGUCAGAAGUCUUAUGAUGACAGCGAAUAUGUUGGGACAAGACAUACGGGCAAGUGAGUUCUGAAAGUCAAACAAGGUCAAGAAGCCAGAAGAAGAGAAUGAACUAUACACUUUUAUGUUACUUAAAGGAUAUUUUGUAUAAGCUGACUGAGUUACAUACCCCAGUGACACUUGAGCUACUCCUAACUGGGAGAAGACUGAGGAAUUGACUAGCAUGUGAAAUGGUACUGAACACAGGCUGUGUUAGUACCACCAUUUAAUGGGGCUGAUGCCCUUAUUUGGAAAGUCAAGUUAUAUUGGCCUGUUUUAAAGGCUUUAUUUCUGAUGUCCAUUUCAGAUUUUUGUUUUCAUUCUUAUGGCCUACUAAAGUGACAGUUAGAUACAUGCUGACAUGCCCUACAUGUGACUCAUUAUUCCUGAAACUAAUAGGUUUUCCUGAAAUGCUGUGCUGCACUUACUGUGAGGACAGGAUUCCUAUGCUUAUUCUAAUGUUGAGUUGUUUCCACUGUUCCUUACUGUUAGUAUGCCUUAUUAAGAAUGCUUUUAUAAGCAUACUCUUAAAUAUUGUGUGAACAUAACCUAGACGCUUCUGAAUUCUUUGUAAUUCUGCUGCAGGUAAUGCUUCACAAAUUGGUUUGGUUUAAAACUCUUAUCAUUAUUCCAGUAUGUAAUCAGUCCAUUCGGCAGGGAAUCGCUGACUAAUUUUGAACCAAGGUAAUUGGAAGUUUGGGGACACAUCUGGUUAAAACAAAUACAAAGUUUUACUGGUAUAGUAAAUCAUAAACCAAAGAAAAUGGUUGUGUAUGAGUCUCUAGUCAUUUAAACAAGAUUAUUUACUGUAGUGGCACUAACUCACUGACAACUCGGAUUUCAGUGGGUUUGCAGUUAUUCCUUUGAAGAAAUUUUGCUACUGGUUAAGCUUAAACUCCACACAAGAAUGAGGAAAUGCCUAGCAGGCUGGCAUUUGUUCUGUAUUAUUCACAGUUCUGCUGAAUUUGCAAUGUGAUGAUGUUUAUAGAACUUUCAACGAUAGGGUUGACUAAUAGGACUCUUCAUGUUUUCUGUAGAGACCUUGCAUUGCAUUAAGUCUUUCAGCAGUAAUUUAACAACCAGUAGUAAUUCAACAACCUUGUGAUGGUUCAUGUGUACCUAAAAUGGCUCAGAUGUUGCAUGAGAAAUUGAAACAAUUCUAAAACGGAAUCCGUUCACGGAAACUUUCUUUACUUUUCUUUAUGUGUGGUAGCAGCUGCAAAGGUUCUCCUGGCUAGAAUGGUGAAAUUCUGAUCCUGAAUAAAGUUUGGUUGCAGCAGCAACAAAGUGACAGCAAGCCAAAAUUAUCUUUCUGAGCUGGAGUGAGAUGGGGGUGGGGUUCACACAAUAAUGAUUGCUAUUCUGCUAAAAAAUGACUCAUGAACAGAUGAAAGCAAGUACUAUAGGAAAAUGGUAGGGAAAAGAUCGAUCAGUUUCAAAGCUCUGAAAACAUGGAAUAUUUCAGAAGCUUUUAAAAAGGCAAAACUUUUAAUUUUUUGUUCAGCUUAUGUAGUUAAAACAUUCAGCAGCUUUUUUUUUGCAAGUACUCAGAAUUGCUUUCUUAGUUAUCUGGUUGGGCUUGGCUCUGUCUCAUACAGGAAAAAAAUACUUCUUGCUGUGGCACAAACCUUUUUACUUCAGGUAUUGUGGGCACAAUCUAGAGCCUCUGAGGCAUGUUUGGGUCCCUCUGAAAUAAUUCAGAUUUAAAUCCUUAGAGCCCAGUUAUUCCAGGAAAGCAUAGGGUUGCCUAACUUUAUGGAUUUUACCAUAUGUAUUUAUAUAGGAUUCAAGUUGACUUUCUUGGCUCAAGUAUUGAGCAAACGCUAAAUGUGAGACUAAAUGUUAGCCUGCCACAGAAAGGCCUUGUUUUACACAAUAUUAAUUUAAUACCCUCUGUUUUAGGUGAAUGAGAUGUGUGAUUGCUGUAGGAGUUCUGUAGGCUUUAAACACCAUAAACACUGCCAGCUAUGGAGGCAGUUAUUCAACUGCUAAAUGUUCCUUGUGAGGUUGAGGUUGGAGUUCAUUGUUUUAUCAUGAAACUGUGCUGAUAAGCAGGAUUCUAACUUCAAAAGGAGUCCAUAAUUCUCAGUCUACAGGGAAAACACCUAUGUGGAAAGCAAUAAGUUUUCUUCAAUUUGCACCUAUCAAGUAUUUAUUGUACAAGGACAAUUUAUAUUUUUAGUCAUUGUCCACAAAUAAUGGUGAAUAUUUUUGAAUGAGAUGUUUGGGGUUUGUAUGUGCAUAAAAUUGUCUUUUGUACUGUAAGUUACUGUUUAAUUUGAUUAUCAAAACUGUCUCCUGUGCCUUUAUACUAAGGUUGUUUUUACAACUUCUUGACUCUUAAUAAAAAAGUACUUUAAAAAACAACUUUUCUUGACUUCAUAUUUAAUGCACUUUUAUACUAUAUGAUCAUUAAAGAGGUCUGCCAAGAUUUUUGUGAUUGGUAUUAAUAAGGCCAUUACCUUUUAAAAUAAUGAUAUAAGACGAUGAAGCAGUGUAUAUAACGUUGUUGUUGCAUCUGUUCCCUGCUGCAUAUGGGCCUGCUCCUUCCUCUUGAUAAAGUUAUUUCUAAAAAUUCAGCCAUUGAGGGAAUGCAGAGCAAAACAUCAGGUGCUGCCAUGUAAUUUUCUUACAGAAAUGGAGAGAAUCCAAAACCCUGCCUUACAUGGCAAUAUGGUACAGACAUAAUAGAUUUCUGAGAAAUUUCUACAAAAAUGCAUGCUAGUGUGAUACAUGUACUGUUACAGUGAAUUUUGUUCUGUUGUACUAUUACAAUGGAUACCUGUACAGUUACAAUGGAUUUUGUCUGUUUGUCCCCUGAAUUGUUCAGGGAGAUAAGAGCCUGAGGAAAUUGUCUGUUUUAAAUGUGCUCCAUUGUGGAGCUAUUUGUAAACUGCAAGAUGUAUCAGCAGGAUGUAA